AUGGCCAAUAUUCCUAGCUCAACUUUUGCUUAUGGUUCAACGGGCCAAGCAAGGAGUAAUAACACGCAGAUGUCUGUCGAUUCAGAAAAGCGGAAAUCAAAAUUACGGCGGAAAAUGGCCGAAUAUGACGCUAAGAGCGAAUACGAAGGGUCGAAGGACCACUUGAGAUUGCUCAUGGAUCAAUACGGAACGAAAUCGAAGGUAGUCGAAGAUAUAAACCGAGAAUCUACUGAACUCCAGAACAAAAUAAUGGAUCUUAUGCGUAAGGCACAAAUGAGGGGAAAGCCCUUCAAUGUGGCUGCUUCUCAAACCUUCACCCAAACCGCCGAGCCCUGUCCCACUCCAUCAACGCCACAAACAUCUUCAUCGACAUUGGACGCAGCGCCAUCGAAACCAUCCGACUUCUCACUGACGCGUACUUUCUUUUGGCUGCUCUGGUUACCUUUUCAAAUCGCAUUUGGUAUUUUGAGAACGGUGUACAGGAAUCUGAACUGGGGAACAGUACUAUUGACUGUUGCAAUGAUGGAGUUAACAAUUGUUGGAAUUAUUUGGGGCAUUCGUCGUUCGCACCACAACUAUCUUUAUGUGGAGCCAUACGAGGCAGAAAUCCAUGGUACAUUUGGAGUUGAAUCAUCAUCUUCAUUUGAUAUGAUCAUGAGCGUUAUCUCCGUGAUAAGAGAUUUCUUUGCCGAGGUUAUGAACGGAGGGCGAGGUUUCGGAAGCCCAGAAUACGUUGGAUAUGUGCCCAUAUGA